CAUCCCGUCUUCAGUUCUUUCAAUUCCUCCUCAUUGUUAGUAUUCGGAUCUUGUGCUUGCAGUGCCAAGAAUCAAACAACGAUGUCGAGCAUUACUCCCGACACUCACGCCGCCGCGCCGGCUGAGAAGGUCGCCCUUGAAAAGUCGGAUGCUAGCCCCAACGUUCACAUCGCUAGUGACGAACACCCUGCCACCAACCACGUCAAGGGCCAUGAGCAUGCUGACAUUGCCAUCCUCAACACUGACUAUGAGGGCAAGCCUACCGACGAGGAGAUGGCCACUCUCCGCCGUAUCCCUGGUGCACUUCCUACAACUGCAUACCUCCUCUGCGCUGUAGAGUUCUGCGAGAGAGCUUCCUACUACGGUUGUGCCCAGAUUUGGACCAACUACAUCAACCGUCCUCUUCCCAAGGAAGGCAAUGGCUACGGUGCUGUGGCCCCCGGUACCCAGUACACCCAAGGUGCUCUCGGCCUCGGCGAAAAGGUCGCCAACGCCACCUCCCAGUCUUUCAACUUGCUUGCCUACUGUCUCCCCAUGCUCUUUGCCUACCUCGCCGAUGCCCGCUACGGUCGCUACCCUCUCAUCUUCUGGGGUGUCAUCCUGUGCGGUGUUGGCCACGUCCUCAUCGUCGCUGGUGGUGCCAAGUCUCUCCUUGACAACGGAACUGCCAAAAUCCCCUUUUUCAUCGGUGUCUAUAUUCUCGCCAUUGGUGCUGCCAUGUUCAAGCCCAAUGUCAGCCCUAUCCUUCUCGAUCAGCUCAAGACCCACGUUCCCAAGGUUGUGACUCUCAAGUCUGGCGAGCGCGUCAUUGAGUGCCCCGAGCACAGCGCCGAACGCGCCAUGCUGUGGUUCUACCUCCUCAUCAACAUUGGUGGCUUCAUGUCCACCGCUACCUCCUACUCUGCCAAGUACGUUGGCUGGUGGCUCGCUUUCCUGCUUCCUCUCAUCCUCUACAUUCCCCUUCCUCUCCUCCUCGUCUGGCUCAAGCCCCGCCUCGUCCUCCACAAGCCCAAGGGCUCCGAAUACCCCAACUUCUUCCGCGUCAUUGGCCGCUGCUUGGCUGGUGGUGGCAUCUUCAGAAUCGGCCGCAAGGGCUGGUGGGAUGCAGCCAAGCCCUCCGUUCGCGCUUCCAAGGGUCUUCCUCUCGAGGACCGCUACACUGACCAGUUUGUCGACGAUGUCAAGCGUACCAUGCAAGCCACUGGCAUGUUCUGCUUCUUCCCCGUCCAGUUCUGGAACGACAACGGUAUUGCCAGCUCUGCCAACUUCUUGUCCACCAUGCUCCGAAGCGACGGUGUCCCCAACGAUGUUAUUGGCAACUUCAACACUCUCUCCAUCAUUGUCCUUGGACCUAUCCUAAACUAUGGUCUUUACCCCAUGCUCCGCAAGCUCCGCAUCCACUACGGCCCCGUUUCUCGUAUGACGACUGGCUUCUUCCUCUCUACCCUUGCUGGUAUCGGAUACGCCAUUGUCGCCUGGAAGGCCUACGAGAUUAACCCUUGCGGUUACUACGGCACGACCGAUCCCAGAUGCAUUGACGAAGGUCUUGUGUCCGACAUCUCUCUGUGGUGGGAGGCCAUUCCCUAUGCACUUGGUGGUUUCUCUGAGCUCUUCAUCAACGUCCCCGCCUACGGUAUUGCCUACUCUCGUGCUCCUCCCAACAUGAGAGGUAUGGUCUCUGCCAUCAACCUGCUCAGUGUUGGAUUCUCCUACAUUGUCAACUUGGCCGUUUCCGAUGUCGUCACUGAUCCUCACCUGGUGUGGGACUUUGUCGCUCCCGCGUGUGUUGGAGCAGUUGUCACUGUUGGCUUCUACUUCCUCUUCCGUCACAUUGACAAGGAAGAGUUUGUCUUGUCUACAUCUCAGAUCAGCGAGGCCGAGGAGGUUGAGUACGAGGACAAGAAGGACCACGACAUUGCCAACAAGGUUUAAAAAUAUUUCUACCUCGUAUGAUCGUUGGUGGUUUUGUAUGCUAUUUUGGAUUUCUAGCAGCGAUGGACGGUGUUUUUUCUAGUGCACUAUGAUACCUAUGUAACGUGCUUCAGGCAAGGUGCACAUUGCCCUGAAACGUACAAAAAUAAAUUUGGAUUAUAUAUUCAAAAAAAUGAAAACUGGUCAAAUCAAAAUAAA